AGCUACAAUGAAGCUGACAACAUGAGUAUAAAAGCUCGUUUGAAGGCUCGCGCUCUGGUGCUCCAAGCUCCUGCUCUGCCACCGGGUUAACGUCAGGCUGCCGCACGAGCGUGGGCUGAGGAGACCAAGAUGCACUUUCCGAGCUUCACAUCCGCCGUUUUACUACAGCUGGCUUUCUGCGCUGUACUGCAUGGUGCGAAAUGGACAUACAGUGGGCCAGAGGGAGAGCACCACUGGUCUAAGAAUUAUCCAUAUUGUGGUGGAACUUUCCAGUCUCCAAUAGACAUCAAGUCAGAGCUGCUGAGGUUCGACCCGACUUUGCGUCCGAUUGAGAUUCAGAACUACAACCUGUCACCCAAUGAGCAGCUCACUCUUGGGAAUAAUGGACAUUCUGUGCAAAUCUCCCUGCCCUCUAAGAUGCACAUCUCCAGCCUGCCUCAUCAUUACACUGCAGCUCAGCUUCAUUUCCACUGGGGCUCCUCCAACAGGGCUGCCGGCUCUGAGCACAUGGUGAACAGUAAGCAGUAUGCAGCAGAGAUGCAUGUGGUACACUUCAAUUCAGAUAAGUACCCCAAUAUGUCCAUGGCCGUAGACAAAUCUGAUGGCCUGGCAGUGCUGGGUGUCCUGAUUGAGGUUGGUGAGUUCAGUCCUGCCUUUGAACAGUUUCUAAAGUUCAUCAAUGGGAUCAAAUACAGAGAUCAGAGAGUGCAGGUGCCCGGCUUCAACAUCAGAGCGCUGCUGCCUGCACGUUUGGAUGAGUACUAUCGCUACGACGGGUCCCUGACAACUCCUCCGUGCUAUCCAAGUGUACUGUGGACAGUGUUCAGGAAUCAUGUGACAAUAUCUCGCAAACAGUUUCUUGCCCUGGCAACAGCCCUCUACUCCUCCCAUGCCCAGGACUCAGCCCCUGUGCCACUGAAUGGCAACUACAGGAAACCACAGCUCGCUGACAGCCGAGUUGUCCUGGUAUCAUUUAAAGAGGGCAGAGGACUGCAUGGUACUCUUUCACUCACAUCUCCGCUCACGAGGAAGCGAAUCGUUCAGCAGCUGCUGGUUGGCGACCUAGCAGACCUGGCUGAUGAAGGACUCUAUCAGCUCCUUCCAAGUGGCUCAGAGAAGCUCCAUGCUGGCAAGAAGAAAGACCUCAAGAACCACCAGAGUGUGACUCUGUCCAAGUCCAAACAACAGACGCUGAAUCCAUCCCUGCGGAAGAAGAGCCAGACCAACCGGUCUGUGGGAAAGUUAGGACUGGCUGAAGACGCACUCUGCUACGUCUCGCUGGAGCAGAGAGUUUUCCAUCAGCUCAAACAGUCCCACACUGAGAACCAGCUGGUUCACGCUCUCAGAGAUGUAGUUUUCCCUGAGCUCAACCUCAAAAGCUACCUGGACUGUAAAUCUGAUUUAGCCCUCCCCACUAUCAGAAAUAUUCUUCGUGGACGGCCAACAGACGAGGUGCUUGAGUUGGAUCGCUCUCUGACAAAAGCCUUGAUGAAUCAGAAGAAGACUUCCACAGUAAUCAAAGUCAAAUCAAAUCAAAGUGUGCCAAUGACAAACUCUGGUAGCCUCUCCCCUGCUACUGUUCCCAGGAAGCCACACAGCCAGGGUUAUCCACAUCCUUGGCUUCUGCCAAUGGAGUGGGAAGACUAGAUUCCUGACAUAGUUGAGACUCACAUUAUGUCACUUUCUGUAGCGGACAUCAUUCGUGUGUCCUAUAAUGAAAGACUCAUUUUCAAGCCACGCCCUGCAUUUCUUUGACUUAUGUUUCUCACAAACCUAUUUAAUAUUUAAAUUAUUCUUUCCAGUAUGUGCACAUAAUUAUGAGUUCUAUCAGAAAACUACUUUAGUAUGAGUUCAUUUACUGUAGUUAUUGUUUUUGCACACUUAACUCAUACGCAUAACCACUUAUCACCAGUGACUGUGCUCAGUACUGUAAGCAGAUUCUAAAACGUUAAGCCAAUCUGAAUAUGUUUUCUGAUUUUUGUCAUGGAAAUUUGCAAAAAUAAGAAAUGGCUUCUUUUUCACAAUGGCUUAUAGGUGUGUUUGCAAAACGUUGCCUCGCCAUACAAUGCUUUAUAAUAAACUUCUUCGAAGCACAUAUUUUGUGCUUGGAAAACUGUACGCAUCAAGCUACAUGUAGUACACAAAAUAUCUGGCAAGGAACAUUUAUAAUGUUAUACUGUAUGCCAAUUUCAUUUCUAUAGUAUGGUAAUUGUGAAAGCUAACUAGUAAUUUUUGUCUUGCACAAAAUAGAGAUGCAGCUAAACCAAAAGAAUUUGCAAGAGCUUAAGCGCUUUACACAACAUCCCUGUCUUUGACAAUUUGUACAUCUGUUCAAAUUGCCAUUUCCAAUACGUAAGGAAACAGCUACUGUACAAUAGAUAGGGAACUUUUCAAUAAAAGCAUUAUACCUAAA